AUGGAAACAACAACGGCUAGCCCCGAGCAGCCAACGCGACUGCCUCACCACACCGAUGCUUAUCUAGCAGAGAACAGGGGCCCAAUGGUGGUGGCAACCUGCGUGACCCUGGCCUCGAUAAGCACCAUCUUCGUUUUCCUUCGCCUAUUCACCCGAGGAAAAAUAAUGGCCAAAGUCCAGCUUGAUGACUGGUUAACGUCAGUAUCUGUGUUGCUGCAAUGGGCCUGCGUCGCAUGCGUUGUGCUGGCUACCGAACAAGGAAACGGGCGGCAUGUUGAUACCCUGAGCGCUCGCCAGAAGGAAUGCACAAUAUUCUGGACCUUGCUCGCCUUCGCCAUGGCAACUCCUGGAUUCGGCCUUCCCAAGAUUGCCGUCGUGGCUUUACUGAAUCGACUGAUGAACCCGGCAAAAUGGCAUGCGUACUUCCUGUGGGCGCUCUCGGGAACCUGCAUGGCGUCGCUGGUUGGCUGCAUCAUCUUCCUCUACUCUCUGUGCACACCUGUACAGUCUCUCUGGGCGACGGACAUGCCCGAGAGGAGAUGUUUACCAACAGAGACACUGGUAAAAUAUUGUGUGUUUGCUGGCAGCCUCUCGGCUUUUACCGACCUUUACCUUGCGAUAUAUCCCGCAACUGUGCUUUUCAGGCUGCAGAUGAAUAUCAGGAAGAAAAUCGGCCUGAGUGUGGCCUUGGGUAUAGGAUCUGUGGCAACCAUCAUCGCCGUCACGAAAUGUACCCGGCUGCCUGCUUUGGCCGAAGUGGACUUUAGCUAUAAAACAGCUGAUCUUGUUAUCUGGCUCGUCGGCGAAGGCACCACCAUCAUUGUGGCUUCAUGUAUCCCUCUUCUACAGCCGCUGGUAGAGUUUAUCUUCGGUCGCCGAGCUCUGAGCUCAUCCUCCGAUCCAAGCAACUUUACACCAAACCGGCAUACGCGAGGGAAGAAAGACCUAGAAACAGGCACGCACAUUACAAACAAGCGCCGUAGUCUACGCCGUGAUCCGAACCACGAUGCCUCUGAUACCGAGCUGGUGGAAGUCGAAUCACAGGAAACCUUCUUGCGAGAGCUCGACCCGGUCGAAACUGCGGAUCAUCUGGCAUCUGCAAGCACUGAUGUGCAUAUGGGCAAACGAAUUUUACGGACGGAUGUUGUAACAAUAUCAUAUGACAGGACUAUAGAAGGGAAGAUAGAUGAGGCAAGGGCUGCUGGUAGGUCUUGUGACGACCCUGGCCAUGGUUGGGUGAAGCUCUGA